AUGUAUUCAGGUGAUCCUAAAGAAAUUGCUGGUAAAGAAGUCAGUGACAAAUGGUACAGUGAGAUUGAUUUGUAUGACUUUAAAACUGGUAAUGGAUCAGAAUAUGCUGGUCAUUUCACUCAAAUGGUUUGGAAAGAAACCCAACAAAUAGGUAUAGCCCAAGCAAUGUCCAAAAAUGGACGGUCAAUUGUUGUAGCCAACUACUCUCCUCAAGGUAACAUUCCAGGUUGCUAUUUCUUCAACGUCUUACCUCUGAGCACCCAGGCACUUGUAAAAGAUGACGACGAGCCAAAAGCAAAAAAUAUUGAUUUGAUCAAUGUGGGUAGCAUCGAGUCUGCUCUACCUGAACCUCCUGAUAAUUUUGCUGUUCCCAAUUGUUCUCCACCUGACCACAAGAAUCUUGAGGAAUUGGUUGAAAAAUCUUUAAGCCCAGUCAUUGCAGUUCAACAUUUCAAACUAUCUUUAACAGCUUUAGCCCAGGAAUGGUCAGAGAAACUUACCAAAGAUGGACAAAUACAGCACUACAAUAGACUUUAUAAGGGUCAACAUCUUGGAGAGAAUUUCAUAUAUAAAUGGUGCAGAGAGAGUGGAAAUCUGACUGGUGCUCAAGUGGCCGAUGCUUGGUACAGUCAAAUGUCUAAAUAUGAUUUUUCCUGCACCAAACACAGCAUGGAUACUGGUCACUUCACGCAGAUGAUUUGGAGAAACAGCACCCGCUCAUCGUAUUUAAUUGCUCUGGGCGUUGGAAGAGACGAAUUUGGGCCAGACAAAAAAUGCUUUUAUUGUAUGGACUGUGUCAAUUGGGUACUGAUGCCAACAGUCUCUAAUGAAGUCAGUGCAAAUGCAAAACAAGUCAAAGGCAGAUUUACAGGAGAUCCUAGCCAUGAGUUUAAAAUUUCUGAUCAAGAUGACAAAGAUGAAGAGAAAUUUAAAAUUGUGAAAGAAGAAGACCGUCUUGCAGCAGUUGUGGCAGACAUUGACCAUGAAGUACGUAUUGUUCCAAGAGGAGCCUUUAUUAGAACGCCCACAGGAAAAGUGGUUCCUAAUCGUAGUUAUUCAGGUCUCUCAGCAAAAGAUUCUGCCAAACUAUACUCUUAUAUGCACUUUGGAGUAGCAACCAAUCUGCCCUUAAAGUCUCUUAUUGAACGAGCCAAUAUGGACAGGUCGAUUGACUUCAUGGACACAAUCGAAGAUGAUAUACCAAAAGGUUGCUGGAGUCUUCAAUUUGAACGAGGCUGUAGCCAAGUAACUCUCCGAAGUUUACUCUGGCCUGGUUAUGUUUUCUUUCUCUUGCCUGGAACAACAAAAUUUGGUUCACUCUAUGUUGGAAAUGGUGAGAAGAAUGCAGACCUUCCUUUCAUGCUUUAG